GUGCCGCGGCGCGCGGAGCCAUGGAGACCAAGCGGCCGCGCUCGCCCACGCCCUCGGCCAUGGCCAGCUCGCCGCCCGCGCCCGCGCCUUCCCCCGCAGCCGCCCCGCUGGCCUUCGCCGGCUCCAGCGAGCAGGACGUGGCGCUGGCCAAGUCCUUCUGGAACUCCGUCACCCUCCAGCCGCCGCUCGAGUCCCGGCUGGGCGCCCGGGGCGGCUCGCUUUGCGACGGCGCCUCCUGCCCGCGACGGAGCUCGGCCGCGAAAAGCAGCCAUUUGUCUGUUUCAUCCUCCGUGAGUGACAAACGAGAAGAGAGAAACUCGGAAAUGGAGAAAGACGUAUGGAAAGAAAACUACCUGGAGAAGGCUAAAAAAAGAGAAGACAUCAUUGCGUUACUGAAAAGACAAAGGGAAGAGAGGAUAUCGAAAGAGUCUUUAUCUCGGCCACACAAGCCAAAAUGCAAAGCGCCAGAAAGGGACCAGGAAGAUGCGAGUUCCAAAAAGGAGAAGGAAGAACAGUCGGAGGAUGAAGAGAGCGUAAAGGCGUUACCUUGAGGAUUCCGACCAGGGACACCAACCUAGAAGGCUUGUUUGUAUUUUCAGCCAGCCUGUCCUUGGCAUCUGACAGCGGCUCAUUGUGGCUCAUCGUUGAUGUAGUCCGCCCCUCUCCCCCUCCCCUUGGACUUCUCUGCAUGUUUGACAGACUAGCUCUCCGCAGGGCUGGGAUGGAUGAUCUUUCGGCCACCCAUUGCCCCGUGGGACUUACUCCUGGGCGAGAAAUCUCCGGAGAAACACCCAAAGCGUUAAAACAAGCCU